AUGCGGGGCUCCGGGCCCCGCGGUGCGGGACGCCGACGGACCCAGGGCAGAGGUGGCGGCGACGACACCUCCCGCGUCCCUGCCUCUCUGGCAGGCUGCUAUUCAGCACCUCUAAAGGGUCCUCUCUGGACGUGCCUUCUCUUGUGUGCGGCGCUCCGGACCCUUUUGGCCAGCCCGAGCAACGAAGUGAAUUUAUUGGAUUCGCGCACUGUCAUGGGGGACCUUGGAUGGAUUGCUUUGCCAAAGAAUGGGUGGGAAGAGAUUGGUGAAGUUGAUGAAAACUACGCGCCCAUCCACACAUAUCAAGUGUGCAAAGUUAUGGAACAGAAUCAGAAUAAUUGGCUGUUGACCAGUUGGAUCUCUAACGAAGGUGCUUCCAGAAUCUUUAUUGAACUCAAGUUUACUCUACGGGAUUGCAAUAGCCUUCCCGGGGGACUGGGGACCUGUAAGGAGACAUUUAACAUGUAUUAUUUCGAAUCGGAUGAUGAGAAUGGGAGAAAUAUCAAGGAGAACCAGUACAUCAAGAUUGAUACCAUCGCUGCAGAUGAGAGCUUCACAGAACUUGAUCUUGGCGACCGUGUCAUGAAACUGAAUACGGAAGUCAGAGAUGUAGGACCUCUGAGCAAAAAGGGAUUUUACCUUGCUUUCCAAGAUGUGGGUGCUUGCAUUGCUCUGGUUUCUGUCCGUGUCUACUAUAAAAAAUGUCCUUCUGUAGUAAGACAUUUGGCUGUCUUCCCUGACACUAUCACUGGAGCAGAUUCUUCACAGUUGCUAGAGGUGUCAGGCUCCUGCGUCAACCAUUCUGUGACAGACGAUCCUCCCAAAAUGCAUUGCAGUGCUGAAGGGGAGUGGCUGGUUCCCAUCGGGAAAUGCAUGUGCAUGGCCGGAUACGAAGAGAAAAAUGGCACCUGUCAAGUGUGCAGACCUGGGUUCUUCAAAGCUUCUCCUCACAGCCAGACCUGCAGCAAAUGUCCACCUCACAGUUACACCCAUGAGGAAGCUUCCACCUCUUGUGUCUGUGAAAAGGAUUAUUUCAGGAGGGAAUCUGAUCCGCCCACAAUGGCAUGCACAAGACCCCCCUCAGCUCCUCGGAAUGCCAUCUCAAAUGUUAAUGAAACUAGUGUCUUUCUGGAGUGGAUUCCGCCUGCUGACACUGGUGGACGGAAAGAUGUGUCAUAUUAUAUUGCAUGCAAGAAGUGCAACUCCCAUGCAGGUGUGUGUGAGGAGUGUGGCGGUCAUGUCAGGUACAUCCCCCAGCAAAUCGGCCUGAAAAAUACCUCUGUCAUGAUGGUGGACCUACUUGCUCACACAAACUAUACCUUUGAAAUUGAGGCAGUGAAUGGAGUUUCCGACUUGAGUCCAGGCACCCGGCAGUAUGUGUCUGUAAAUGUAACCACGAAUCAAGCAGCUCCUUCUCCAGUCACCAACGUGAAAAAGGGGAAGAUUGCAAAGAACAGCAUUUCUUUGUCUUGGCAAGAGCCAGAUCGUCCCAAUGGAAUCAUCUUGGAGUAUGAAAUCAAGUACUUUGAAAAGGACCAAGAGUCCAGCUACACAAUUAUCAAGUCUAAAGAGACCACUAUUACGGCAGAGGGCCUGAAACCUGCGUCAGUGUAUGUCUUCCAAAUUCGAGCACGUACAGCAGCAGGCUACGGAGUCUUCAGUCGAAGAUUUGAGUUUGAAACCACACCUGUGUCAGUUGCAGCAUCUAAUGAUCAAAGCCAGAUCCCCAUCAUUGCAGUGUCAGUGACAGUGGGAGUCAUCUUGUUGGCGGUGAUGAUCGGCUUUCUGCUCAGUGGCAGGUAA